UCCGGGAGGUCCGGGCGGAGCGGCCGGCCCUGCCCCGGACAGCGGCGGCGGCGCGGUGAGUCACUGCUUGGAAAUGGAGUGGGCGGGCGUGCGCGUAGCAGAAUGAAUGAUGUCAGGGAGCACCGCGGCGAGCAUGAGGCUCGCGGCAAACACGGCGGCGGCCGCAGCCCCGAACGAGCGCUGCCGCCGGCGCCCCCCCGGCCCGGAGCCGCCCUCCAGCGGGAGAGCCCUUCCAGCUGCGGCACUGCUGAGGCAGGAAAGCUCUGCGAGAAGUGUCGCCUCCGCCGACGCCCUUAAAGCCGGUCCCUUUCGCCAGGAGGGAGAAGAGGCUGAGGCUGGGAGAGGAGCAAAUUGCAGGGGAAGGUAGAGAUUGUGGCAAACUUUCUAGCUGCUUCUGCGUGCUGCUACCUCACUGGUGGGAGUGUCUGCCCAUAAGGAACUGCAGAGCCCAAACCUAGGAGCCCUGAGGCUCCAAAAACGACUUCCAGCCGCCUUUGGAGGAGGAACUGCCAGCAGUGCAAGAUUUUGCGUAUACGGCCGAGUAGAUGAUUCAGCUCUAGAAGAAAGACUUGUCUUCACAAAUUCCUUUGGAGGCACAAUGGAUGCAUUUUAGAGUUCUACAGAAGUCAUCUAGGAACAAGAACAUUGGACUUUGAGGAAUAACAGAGUUCAGAGAGCCCAGAAAUUGGUCACUAAUAAAGCCUUGGAAAUGAAUACCAUUGAGACAGCAAAGCUUGAAGAGCAUAUGGAGGGUCAGCCAAAUGAGACUUCUAAUGGCUACUCACGACCUACUCUCUCAGUCAGUGAAGAGAACAAAAAUGGCACUAGCAAACCCAAGGGCUUGUCUAAUGGCUUGCGAAAAACAGCAAAGAAGUAUCCUGAUUACAUCCAAAUUGCUAUGCCUGCUGAAUCUAGGAACAAAUUUCCUCUGGAAUGGUGGAAAACAGGCAUUGCCUUUGUCUAUGCUCUCUUCAACUUGAUUUUAACAACUGUCAUGAUCACUGUGGUCCAUGAGAGAGUACCUCCAAAGGAGCUAAGCCCUCCCUUGCCUGACAAAUUUUUUGAUUACAUUGAUCGUGUGAAAUGGGCUUUUUCUGUAUCAGAAAUAAAUGGAAUGAUACUACUUGGAUUAUGGAUAUUCCAGUGGUUGUUUCUUAGAUACAAAUCAAUAGUGGGGCGCAGGUUCUUUUUUAUAAUAGGAACUUUGUAUCUGUACCGCUGUAUUACCAUGUACGUUACCACCUUACCUGUGCCUGGAAUGCAUUUUCAGUGUGCACCAAAGUUGAAUGGAGACUCUCAGGCAAAAGUUCAGAGAAUCCUGCGACUGAUUUCUGGUGGUGGUCUAUCCAUAACUGGAUCGCACAUCCUCUGUGGAGACUUCCUGUUUAGUGGACACACUGUAGUAUUAACGCUGGUCUAUCUGUUCAUCAAAGAGUAUUCACCACGUCAUUUCUGGUGGUAUCACUUAAUCUGCUGGCUGAUGAGUGCUGCUGGCAUUAUUUGUAUCCUGGUUGCCCAUGAACACUACACCGUAGAUGUCAUCAUUGCCUACUAUAUCACCACGCGGCUCUUCUGGUGGUACCACUCCAUGGCUAAUGAAAAGACUUUAAAGGUGUCUUCGCAGACGAAUUUUCUCUCUCGAGCAUGGUGGUAUCCAAUAUUUUAUUUCUUCGAGAAGAAUGUGCAAGGCUCUGUUCCUUGUAGUUUUUCCUGGCCAAUAUCUUGGCCUCCCAGCUGCUUCAAAUCUUCAUGCAAAAAGUAUUCACGGGUUCAGAAGACAGGAGAGGACAAUGAAAAAUCUACCUGAAGAAAAGAAGGAAAGCAUCUGCUCUGGUUUUUUCAUUUUUGAUUUUUUUUUUACCAAAACAUUAAUGCUGUAACCAAAGUUCUUAAGAAGACUGUAACUGAAGAAGUGGACCAAGCUUCUGUGCAAUUGAUGGAAAGACAAUUGUAGACACAUAUAUUGCGUUUCAGAUGUUUUCCUCUCAUCUGGCUGUACAGACCUAUUCUACUCUUCAGUGCUACUGAAAUGCACCACUGAUGGGAUUUUUUUAUUAAAGAAAAAAACGGAGCAGGAUUGUGCUUUAUUAAUGAGAUAGAGGUGCCAAAGACCACAGUAACACUUCCAUUACUAUCACGCAUCCACAGAAGCACCCAAAAGUCUCCUCUUCAGAGCUCUGGAGUGCGUAAGGGCAAAAACAUGCUAACAUGUAAAGGCACGAUAUUGGCAUAUUGAGGUGUAGAAAAAAUAACACAUUUGUGGGAAGUGGUUUGUUGCAUUAUUCUUGCUAAUGGAGGUUAGGCCUUUGUGUGACUGGUACAGCUGGAAGCAAGUCUGACUUUUUUACACACUGUGGGUAUGAAUAUCUUAGGACCCUAAAAUACUACUUACCACCGUUAACUCCAAUGUAUAGUACUAUAUACCAAUUUUUACAUUUUUAUUAGUAAUUUUAUAUUUAAAUAGUUGUGUUACCUGAUGAAUUUGCAAAUUAGAAACAGCUGCUAGCAUCAGAGCUCAAGGAGCCUAAAAUUUUAUUUUUAGUAAGAGACACAGUUUCAACAUUUGAAUCUUGAAUUACAGCUGGCCUUGUGUAUAUAGCUCUACAGUGCCUGUCAGUGUAUAUAGAUGCAGAUAUACACAAAAGCACAUACCUUAAACAAAAUUAUUUACUGGGAAGAGUAAUCCUAGAGUUUUAAUGCGGGUAGAAGUUGUACAGUUCUCACCUGCUUGAGGAAUGCAAGGCCAGGUCCAAAAUGGGGCUACAUUUAAAAUAAAAAUUUUAAUUUUAGUAGCAAUCUCUUUCUGAAGCUAUGUAGCAGGUUUGCUUGGGAGCCAUAGUUCUCCACUGAAUUUCUUUUUUUGUCUUUUACCUCUUGACACAUGUUUCUGUGAUUUACUUUAAAGAAACAACCAAACAAAAAAGUGCUAAGAUGGGAUAUCUACAACAGCAGCAUUUCUUCAAUUACAGCAUAAAAUAAUUCCAUAUUAAAUGACACUGUGGUAGACCUCAAAAAUAGAUUACCUUUCUUCUUCCCAGGGUUGCAGUCCAGUUAAAAUGGCUAUCUAAACAAGGUGCCUGAGAAUGGGGGAAGCUACCAUGGGGUGAACAUGUAACAAAACCACAGAUUAACAGCUACCUGUUUCUUGUUAGUUUAUGUUGUUUUGUAUUGUUGUGAAAGCAAAGUAGCAAAUUAGCACACCAUGUUUAGCCAUUUAUAUUCUGGAAUAAUUUCUGCAGUUAACUCAAUAUUAUUUUCAGAUAUUCACUAAAACCUAAUGAAAAGAUAAAACUGCAUUAUGUUGAGGUGAUACUAAUAGAAACGAAAUGCUGCAUAUUUUAAGAAUGUCUCGAACUGAGUGACAAGUGUGAACACAAUUUAACUAAUGACAACUUGUUUUUAAAAAGUCCAGAGUUAAAGUCAUAAAAAGAAAUACAGAGUAUUCCAACAUAAUAAUUUUCAGUUAAGGGGAUAAUUUCUGAGUUGUACAUGAGAAUAUUUUUGUGCGUUCAAAUAUUUUUGUGCAUUAUCAAAAUAAUACAAUAAAAAGUGUUCCUUUCAAUACAUUUUUGGAAAAACUUAGUUAAGAAAGAAAUUCUGCUGUGGUUUGGUUUUGUUAUUUAAAAUGAGUUUAGUAGACUCUGAUAAUGUGCCUCUGAAGUUGUGUGUAUAUCGGCAUAUCUGUGCUUUCAUUUACUUGCUUCUAGCAGACCUUGAACAGCUACAAAGCCAGUAUCAAAAAACUUUUGAAAAUUCUUUUUUCUCUCAUAAAUUAAUCUGUUCAACACCAGUCAGUAGAUCUCCUGAGAUACUUGUUAUAUCAGUACUACUUCAUAGAUCAUAAUUUUUAAAGCUAAAAUCUAAGCUUUGUGAUACCUUAAAUAUAGUCAUGUUAAUCCCCUUGUAGUAAUACUAUCUUUUAGGAGUUAUGAAUGGAUUUCAUUAGUAGUCACUGUGCCUUGAAAAUAGCAUGAUGAAAAGCAUUACCUAAGGAGCUUAAGCAGUUGUUUUUAUCUGGUGGCUGAAAAAUAAACACUUUGACAGUGGGAUUUCUCUAACAGAUCUGCAGAGUAGGCUUUCUUCAUGCAGGAUGAGGUGUUUAGGGUUUUUUACACUUAUUCCUGUUUCUGAAGGAAAAAAAAACGUGCAAGUGAUGAAAUAGACUUUCCUGCUGUAUUACAACAGACAUCUCUAUCAAAUUCAGCAGUAGAAUGAAAGCUCACACAGCCCAACAAAAGCAGAGUGUUUACCUGGUUCUAAGUGGCAGCUCUAGCUCAAAAUACUUAUUCCUGUUCUGGCUCAGUCCUUCCUUAAGUACUUAAUAUUUAUCCAUUGUAUGGAAGCUCUCAAAGGGAUAUGUGUAUGUUUAAUUAGCAGAAAGCCCCGGUUUUCUAUCCUCUCAAUAGCUUUUAAGUGAUUUUACCAACUUGGAUGGUGUAACUGUAUUUGAUGACUCUUCAGACCUAUAUGUAAGGUGAUAAAAUGGGGUAAGUAAUGAUAUAUAUCCUAGUUCUUACUGUUAUAGUAAUUUAUCUGAUAUAAACCACAACUGCUAUGUAAAAAUUAAUUAUUGUAACAUCUUGAUGAUCAUUGUAUACAAAUACCAUGAAGCUUAAAGUAUAGUUUCAUCAUAAGAAGCAAGAGAUUGGAGUAGGCAAAAAGAAGAAACUUGGUCUUCCCUUAGGCCUACCAUCAAGUGGUCAUUAUAUUAUUUGGUCUAUAUAUGCCAAAUACUUAGCAGUGUGUCACUAGUUAUUUUUUCCUAGUUAUAGUAAUAUUUCUCAGGUGUCACAUGAGCUGCCCCUUUCCUCUGACUAUAACAUGCUCUUCUCGACUGAAGAGUAUUUUCGUGUUGAACUUUACAGACACUUAAUAAAAAAACAUCACUGCAUUUACCAGUAUGACUUAAAUGCUGGUGGGCUUUCUUCAAAUGCCUAACAUAAAUUUAAAUCUGGAUUUUAAAUGUUAACUUGAGCAUUUAAAGAAGUAUGCUGCUAAGUAGUCAUGCUACAGAUACUUACUGCUAAUGCCAGAAAUUGUUAACGUCUACUUGAAAGCACUGGAAACGGGCACCUUUUUCGGUAUGUGCUUAGCACUCCCAUGUGGAUGUAAAUGGUACUAACUGUUAGUCAUCCUUCACUGCUGCUUUCUUGGAAAGAUCGCCACAGGUGGCGUCGUAGCAAAAAUAGCUGUGCUAAACAUUGCUAUGAACCCUAGUACUGGAUUUGCUGCCCUCCUUAAAAAAAUUGGGAGAGAAGGAAACUAAAAAAAGUUUGUUAAACUACACUACCUUCAUGUAAUAGAGAAAUAAAGCUCAGCAACAGAGACAGAACUGGGAAGUCUUAGAAGAGAUGAGAGACCAUUCUCUUAAUUGAAUUAUUGCAAAUUAGCUUAGUAGGGUCUUAAAUCAGAAUCUGUUCAAUCUCUGGCUUUCUCUUUAUCAGUAGUAUCUGGCUAGACAGUUUAUCCUAAGUUGUUUGGUACUAACCCAAAUUCUUUUUCUCAUUUCAUUAGAUAGGAUUUACUGUUCUAGGGACAGAUCCAUUAGCUUCAAUGCAAGGUGAAGUCUUUCCAUUAACUUUAAACAAACUUUCACAUGGCUCUGUGUUGGUUUUUGUUUGUUUGCAGGAUUUUUUUCUUUGUUAGUGGGGUUUUUGGUUUUUUGUGGGUUUGUUUUUUUUUUUUUAAGUGCAUAAACCUUGAAUCUUAAAGAUUCAUGGGCUUAUUUUGAAAAUGGGUCCAAGCUGCUAGAUAGACUGGAACCAUUUUGCCUUACUGGCAGAUCUAAUAGUUGUAAAACUCCAUUGUCAUCUUGAUAUUUUCACAAUAUAUGUGUUUUGGACUUACCUAGAACUCUUAUAUGGGCUAUGAGAUAGAACACUUCUGUAUUGAAGUGCUCUAUUCCAGGCAUUGUAAAAUUAAUGUCUUAAUUCAGUUACUGAGAAGAGGGAUCUUAAAAGUAAAUACUCCUAUUAGGCAUCAUUCAAAUGAGUAUUGCUGCUUAAGUACACAUGAGAAAAAUACCCUGGCAUGCCAUUCAAGUAGCUUUGCUUAUAAGUAAGUCUUCAUGUGCCACUCUGUGACAUUUCUUAGAAUCCAGAGAGAAGAGCUGUGAAACAGAGAAUAUAGACAAAGGCACUUGUAGUAUUUAUAAGGAAAAGGAAAGAAGAUGAAAACACUGAAGUAGAUGGUGAUCAUAUAUUGCUUUUUGCAUGAAAUGGAGCUAAAACUAUACCUAACUUGUAAGAAGUGUAGAUUUAAAUUGUGUAAUAGUUCUGGAAAAAAAAACCAACUAUAAGGAAAGCCUAUAAGGAAGCAGCAGUAUUAAGCACACCAUUCCAUGGUACAGAUGUGUAUCUCUGCUGGCUCUCAUCCAUAACUUCCUAUAUAAAAACAAAACCCAACUCAGUGAAAAAUGCUUGGAGAUUAAAGUGCUUAAAUAUUAUUUACAGUCUUUUAGAAGUUGUUCCUACAAGCUGCCAUUAAUAGUUUCUAAAAGAAGAACAAAGUGCUGCAAUGCUUAAAUACUGAAGCUUUUUUCUAGUUGGCUUCAGUUUCCAUGGAUUUAACCAUAUGAUUAAAUCUUACUAACCUAGAAAGCAGCACAUAAGAAUGUCAGGCUGGAUACAGGUAGCUCAUGUAUUGCAAGGAAGCUUUCCAGUUUUGAACUCAUCUUUCCUAACUAAACUUUCAAUGCCUGAAUGAUUUUUAAAGAUGAAGUAAUACUGUGUAGUCUCUAACAUGUACAUGAAAUACUGGUGUUGAGGACUCCUUCUUUCUACUGUAAGUCAGUGAUUAAAAACCCACAAAGGUUUGAGUUGUUGUCAAGGAAAAUUUUUUAAUUGCAAAGAACGUGGAGUUGAGCACAUGUUGAGCUGUUUGUUUUCUGUGGCUCUUGGCUGUGUACUGACCUUUAAGAUGCAAACUAGGUGGGAAGAGAAGAUCACUUCUUACUGGGAGGAGCAGUGUGUCACUUCAUGAAUUAAAAUUAUAUUGGCUGCAUGUUACAUGCAGUCUUAUCUGUACUACAGUUGAAAAAAGAUGCUGUAUUAUACUAUUAUAGUUAGUUUUUGCAUUCUUAAAAAUGGUUCUGUAGUGGUUGACCCAGUCCUUCUGCUGGAUGAGGAGUGAGUGCUUUUGUCCUUUACUUGCUGUCUAUAUGGUUAAAUAUAACUGGUUUUAGGUCUGGUAAAUGGCAAUGAAAAAAUUUCAGAUUCCUUGGAUACAGUACCAGAGAUGUUUUAAGGUGUCUGUGCAUGGGUUUCUUCUAGGAGAAAUAUUCUUCUUUCAAGCUGUGCCUAAAAAAUAAUAAUGUUAGCUCUUGCAUUUUCUCUCAGCAUAAUGUGGUCUUUAGGAAGUUAGCAUUUGUGACACUGCAAAUAAUUACUACAGAAGAUGCUCCUUUGUGCCAAAUGAGUUCAGUUUUCACAAAGUAUCUUUGAAAUAUGUUUGAAGAUGACUUUUGAGUUUUUUGGUUGUUUUUUUUUUUAAUUAAAAGUGGUCAGAAAUGAGUCUGAAAUAAAAGCAUCUCGAGCAGUUGGGGUCAGGCACCACGCAGGCACAUGGGUGUGGAAAGGGUUUCUCUGGCAUAAGUAAUAUUGGAUUCAGAAGGCAAACCAGGUUGCAUUUGUACAGUACAGAUGGCUGUGAGCCAUCUCUACCUGUCCUUUUGAGCUUCUUUUGGACUGACAGUGCAGUACUAAAGGUGGCAAUAGCUAGAAAGUGAAGGUCACUUACAAAUCAAAACUAUAAAUGGAGCUGAAAAGGCAGAUCUCUGUAAAACCGCUCAUCAGAGAGCUGUGUUCCAAUUCAACAGAGCAUACAAUUGGGUGUUACUUCAGGUGUGUGAGUCAUAUUUAAGAUAAGUGGGACUGUUUGCUUUCUAAAUUUUUUAUUAAAGAUGGCAGGUGUGCUGAGAAUACCAAGAGGAAGUUUAUCUCCCUGCUUACUUUUACCUCUGCCAUUGAAGUGAUUGUGUAUGAACCUUAAACAAUAUUACUGAAUUCCAACCCCUCUUUACAUUUUGAAUAACUUAGCAGUGCUUUGUUACUUCUGUAAAAACUGGGUUUACAUUCCACCUGUUUCCGUUUGUUGCCACUGAAAAUGGCAAUGGUGCUUAUGCUGAAGCCUGUGCUGCUUUAGACUCUUGUCUAACUACAUCUGCUUCUACUAAUUGUAUUUUCUAAAUGGCUCAAUACAGAAGAGUAGAAUUUACAUUUGAGAGAGCUUCAUAAUUAACCCUAAAGCCAAAGGCAUUCUUGUCAGACACAUCUUUGCACAAUUAGUACUUGAAAAUAAUUUUAAAGCCUAACAUGGUAGGACAUAAUUCUUUUCCCUCAGGAAUCAAUUCUUGCUUCUUAAAUGUUUAGCACAUUUGUUUGUGUUUAUUUUCAUGAUUCAGGGCAGUAUAUGUGAGAUGUGAAAAAGGUUCUGCUAGCUUUUGAGGUCAGGGUUAUACCAAGGAACCUGAAAGUAAAAGCAGAAAUAAUGGUUUGAUGGCUGUGGUUCUCAUGCUUUCCAUGUGACUUUGAAAACUUUUAAGACUUCCCCUAAAAACAGCACAGGACCUCAUUUUGGCUGCAAUAUGGUUUCUUCCUUGUCAGCUGACAGCUUUUCUUGCAGGACUUCUCCUAGGUUGGAUCUUGGGUAUCCAUAGCUCUUUAUGUCAAUUGGAGCUGUAAAUCCAACCUUGGAAAGACUAGGCAAGAAAAGACAUUGGUCCCUUGAGGGACCCUCCAAGGUAAUAUGAGAAUGCUGUAAUGCGUGCAUGACAAGAAGCUGAUAAGAUGGCAUUGUUCUGUAGCUUCAGGGUCCAGUUCUGCAAACGCCAUGCAGCAUACUACAAUAACAAACUGAGAAACCUUUGGUGCUGUAGUUUCUACUGGUCUUUGCAAAUUUGGUGUCGUUUUCAUAGAAAUUCUUCACAAUUAGCAGGAGUUGGCUUUUAUAUUGUAAAACUUUCAGGAUGACACUUUAACUGAUAUUUUGUCAGGUAACUGAGUGUUAUGGUUUGCUGCAUAUGUGCAAGAGGUACUAGAGCUAGAGUUGUGAUUUGUGCUGCAAUCUGUUCACUGUGUUAAAAAACCCCAAACCAAAAUCAACCAUUGCACUAGCUGUACUUUAAAAACAAACAAAAAAAGCAAUAAUGGGAGCAUCUUGUAGCUUUUCCCUCCAGAGGUGCUGUCUGUCAAGGUCACUUCACUGUCAACUGUGAAUUUGGUAAAACAGGUUGAAGAAAUUGUCCUAUGUGGUUUACUUGGCACAUACAAGUUGAAGUUGUUUAUUGUCAGCCUGUGUACUAAUGAAUACAGGUGGAUUAUUUACAUAACCACUCACAUGUUUAAAAAUCAGAAACCUUAUAUCCAUUUAUGGUGCUAAUAAUCUCAACUAUUAUAAAGAGCUGGUAUUCUAUUAUUACACAUGAACACUAAGGAAAGCUGUUGUGACACCUUUCAAUAAAAUAAAAUUUCUCUACAUUUUAAGCCUGUUCCAAAUGAUUUUUAUAUAAAUACAACUUAAAUACAAUAUAUUAUAUAAAUAACACUUUUCUAUUUCGUUUUUAUAUAAAAAUGGCCAAAAAAUAGUAUUUUCAUGCAGGAAAACAUUAGGAGUGUAUAUUGUUCUAAAUUACAUGUCCAAUUAUAAAUUUUCUUACAUUUAGGAUAGCUAAUCUUCUGAAACUCAGUCUAAAAAUCUAAGAAUUUCACUAGGUAGGAUUAAGGGACAGGCUAGUAGUUUUAAUAAAAUAAUUCUCUGACUUUGCCAUCACUUUUGAAGCCUUGGAGACAGAGGGAGAGGAUGUGAAAUGGACAAAGCUGUAUUAGGAGGACACUGAUUACACAGAGUAGAUGUAUAUUUUGGUGAAAUUUUUAAAAAUCCAAACAGCUUGGGAUGGAGGUGACCAUGUAGCUGUCUAAAGAACAGAAGUGAAACAACAUAAUUGUCAAGGCAGUUCACAGUAGGACAUUGUAAGAACAUGUGUGAGAACCUUAAACUAGAUUGUUUAGAUUGUGAAACAACAAAGUAAUUUUCUAGCUUUUUUUGAAGGCUUCACAAGCAACUUUUUCUUAAAAUGAAAAACUAUCUUGUGCCUUCUGUUGCAGAAGUUGUUGCCUUUCCCCCCACCUUUGGUUGUGAUUUUAUUGUAUAUAAUGGACAGUGCACUUCCAUAUCUUUCCAAGAGGCAUUUUUGGGCAGCAGUACCUACACUUUCUAUCCACAGAGGAUACUGAGCCUUUAGUUCUUGUUGAAGGCCCCUUACUUGUGAGCUUACAGUUGUGAAGUAUCUGCCUGUGACAGGUGUGGCAAUCCUGCUGGAGUCAGCUCUUAGGUAAGCAUGAUGCCCUUAAUUCAUCUGGCCACGUGAAGUGCCGUGCCCAGGUGCACUGGUGGCACUGCAGCACACCCCUCUGCUCUGAAAUGAUUGUACCCCAAGCUGCUAUGCUUCAUAUACUAGAAUAAAUUCUCUUUAAUCACUUCCACCUAGUACUUCAAGAAGUAAAUGGGCUUCUCUAAGAUCUAUUUGAUGGAACUUCUAUAUCAGUGCAAAGAAUAUUCCAUAUUUAGAGUAACUUAAUUUAAAGCAGAAACAAGCCCACCGUCUAGGAUAAAACCGGGGCUGGGUGGGGUUUGUGUUGAGUGAAGGUGGGUAGUCUAAUAACAAUAGUCUGGAUUGUCUUCCUACAAAGUCAUCCAUAAUAGUCCCAAGCCACAUGGAAAUAUAUUUUUCUUGUUUUAAUUACUAGAUGCUUCAGAGAAAAUGGAUUGUAUUUUUUUAAUUUACAAAAAAAAAAAAGGUGCAAUACUUAGAGAAACAGUAAAAGGCAAAUGGCUGCAUGUUUCUAUGCCCUGCAAAAACAAAACCUUUGUGAGCAUGUGACGUGCACUUGACCAAAAGUGGGUUUUUUUAGCUUUAGCUGCUAUGUUACAGAAACAUGUUUCAGUGCACUAGUGUAACUCAGAACUUUCAAAUAUUUUCAAUGUGCUUUUGAUGAGGAGAGUAUUUUUUAUUCAUAAAGUGCCUGUGGAAGUAAAAAUCCAAAUGUUGCAUGCAAGCUCAAAUAAAUCAUAAAACCACAGCCCAUACUUGAAGAGAAUGGGUGCUAAGUCAGCAGCUGCAUGGAACAGCUGGUCAACAGUCCGAAGCCUUGAUAAGAUUCAAAGACUAAGUGUGAGCGAAGAAUAUUAUGUUACUUUUGAGAGUUUACUGUGUUAAAUAAACUUCCAAUGCUUCUGCUUGGGCCUUAACUCUGUAACUUGGUUAUCCUUAAGGAAAAAUUAGUUCCUUUGAAUUAUUCCAUUUUUAAUGCUUUUUUCAUUAUAGUCUUUACUCUGGUGGGGAUUUUUGCUUGCUUGUUAGGUGGGGCUAUUUUUUUGCCUGUUAAAAGUGGAGUCACCAAAUGCUUUGAUUACUCAGUUCGGGGUAAAAGAGUUUGAAGAAUGGUGUUUCCUUAAGUGCAGAAUUAAAGGGGGUGUGUUUUUUAUUACACUGAUGCUAGGACUGAACAGGAAGGAUUUCCAUGGAAAGUACUGUAGUGCUAAAGCUUGUAUAUGUAGUUAUUAGGGGUAUGCAGAGUAUUAGUAAAGUACUUGGAUAUGUUUUGCUGUUAAUUUCAUGCUUUAAAAACAGGCUAUUUGGUUCUAAUUUAAAUUGGAGAAACUGAUUUUAAUGUUGCAACAGCUAUUAUUUUAACUUGAAAUAUCCGCUUACGUACUGGUAUGUUAGAGGAAAAGUUAUGUUUUCUCACUUAAAAUUUUGAAAUUAAUCACAUUUUCUAUCAAAAUUAAUGUGCAAUUUAAUCUCUGGACAUCCUAGAAUUGGCCAUAUGCCACUGAAACCAAACUUUUAGCUGCAUACAUAGGGAAGAAAGGCAUUUUUUAAAUCUAGUUCAGCUUCUUGACUAGACUGAGAAGGAAGUGAGGCUAGAUUACUCUUGUACAAAGAAAACAGACAAAAACAGUAAUGUGUUUCAGCUGUGCUGAAUACCUUAGCUUCUUAUUUUCACACUACAGAACUUAGACUUUUCUAGAGACUCAGAUUUAAAAUAUCUUUAGUUCAGCAAAAUUUUCAUCUGUUUUUAUAUAUUUUUUUCUAAUAGAUGCAUUUUAUUUGUAUACUUUGUAAUUAGCUGCUGAAUUUCUGCCAGAUAUGGACAAAAUAAAAGCUGCAUUCUAUUCUGCCAGUCAAAAUCUGUUUUUAGUUUUUCUGUUUUGUUCAAUCCAUGGCUGGUAAAAUGUCCACUUGCUGUUUAGAUUAAAGAGACAGUUGCCUUAAUUGCUCAGAGGAAAACUGACCUUGACCAUCCAAAGCUUUGUGUAUUUCUGAAAUUGCUGUAACUUCUGUAUAAUUGCAAUAAAACCUUUGUAAUACAGUUCAGCCACUA